AUGGCAGGAAACACUACAGAAGCCGUCGCCAAAGGGCGUGUCUCCAGCACAGGAAUAGAGGCUCACAAGCAAGAACCUCCGUUACAGGAUCUAUCAAAUCGAGGCGGCAACAAGGAUGCUUCUCCGUACACAGAAAAGCCUUCGGAGACAUCAACAGAUUCUACAAAUGAUAAGGACAAAGACAAAGGCAACGUAGGCGCCUAUUUUCGGAUAUUCCAGUAUGCAGAUGGACUCGACCGCCUACUGUACGCGAUUGCCAUCCUGGGCUCUGUCGUGGCAGGUGCCACCUUACCGCUGAUGACUCUGGUCUUUGGGUCAUCAACUGGUACUCUGAAUAAUUACGCUGCCGGGCAGGGCAACACGCAGCGGUUACAAGCCGAUAUAGAUCAACUAGUUCUCUACUUCGUUUACUUGUUUAUUGGUCGCUUCAUAAUUGGCUAUGUGGCUACACUCUGUGUAAUCAUCGCAGCUGCAAGGACAACAAAUGCGCUCAGAAAGGCAUUUUUGGAGAGCCUGUUGAGAAAGGAGAUCUGGCAGUUCGAUAUGCAAGGCCAAGGCUCUGUUGCAACGCAGGUCACAACCAAUGGUCACCGCAUCAAUCAAGGAAUCGCCGAAAAACUUUGCACAGUCAUUACAGGAGCCUCACUAUUCUUCUCCGCGUAUAUUGUUGCACUAACAGUUCAGUGGAAGCUUGCUCUGAUCACAAUGACAAUAGUACCGGCUAUGAUCCUGCUCGUUGGCGGUUGCAUAAGCCUUGAUGCACCUAUAGAAGCUCAAAUUACGCGCCUCUACUCUCAAGCUGCUACCGUUGCGCAAGAUGCAUUAAGCUCUAUCAAGACUAUCCAUGCAUUCGGAGCUCAGCAGAAGAUAGUGAACCAAUAUAACGAAUAUUUGCAAGAGGCGCAUCAAGUAGGUCGGAAGAAGUCGCCAAUAUAUGGAGUGCUGUUCUCUAGUCAGUCCUUCUUAGUGAUGUCGGGAACUGCUCUUGCUUUUUGGCAGGGCUUCAGGAUGUUUCAAAGUGGAGAAAUCCAGAGUGUUGGCACAGUCUUCACAGUCGUUCUCAGCGUGACACUCGGCGCUACGUCUGUUUUACCUGUCAUGUUUCAGAUACAAGCAGUGACAAAUGCCUCAUCCGCAGCUGCUGAGUUGUUCGCGAUUAUCGACAAACCAUCCUUACUCGAUCCACUCUCCUCGGAAGGCGAACGCCCGCUGGACUGCGACGGAGCGAUUGAGCUCCAGAACGUACAUUUCGCAUAUCCUUCUCGGCCAACAGCUCCUGUAUUGCAAGGAUUGAAUUUGCUCAUCCCGUCCGGAAAGACCACCGCCCUCGUUGGACCUAGUGGUUGUGGUAAGUCGACAUUAGUCGGCCUAUUAGAGCGAUGGUACCAGCCUAGCUCCGGGCAGAUCAUUCUGGAUGGUCAGAACCUCGGUCUUCUCAACACAAAAUGGUUACGAAGCAACAUCAGACUCGUACAACAAGAACCAACCCUUUUUCAGGGCACAGUCUUUGAAAAUGUUGCAAAAGGUCUGGCAGACGAGCAACUGGAUCUUCCUAUAGAGAGUCAGAUGAAACUUGUGCAAGAUGCAUGUAUGGCAGCUGACGCGCAUACAUUUAUUGAGAAAUUACCCGACGGAUACAACACACAACUUGGUGAAAAUGCCAAUUCAUUGAGUGGAGGUCAACGUCAAAGGAUCUCUAUCGCCAGGAGUAUAAUAUCUAAUCCUCGAAUCCUUCUAUUUGAUGAAGCUACGAGUGCUCUGGAUCCUCGUGCGGAGAGAAUCGUUCAAAAUGCUUUGAAUCGUGUUUCGGCCAACAAAACAACACUCAUCAUUGCACACAAGCUCGCAACGGUCAUGGCAGCGGAUAACAUUGCUGUCAUGGUAAAUGGCAGGAUAGCCGAGCAAGGCAACCAUAACGAGCUGCUCAAGCGCGACGGACUAUACGCAGCUAUGGUUCGUGCGCAAGACUUGGGAGCCGAUGCUACAGCGGAGGCUCUGGAAUCCGAUCUCGAAGACGGUAUCGACCAGAGAGUUGACGCGCCAGCAUCAUUGCUGCGAACAAAGUCCGAAGCCCUGUCAAUCGGCGCCAGUCGUGAGUCCGAACAAGGCAACCAUGGCACAGUCGGAUACUCACUCGCCAAAUGCAUCUUCAUCAUGCUCAAAGAACAUUCCAAACUGUACCCAUGGUACGCUGUCCUUGCGCUUACGUAUUUGAUCGUCGGCGGUACUUAUCCAGCGCAAGCAGUGCUUUUCUCUCGUCUCAUCCGUGUGUUUACGCUACGAGGGUCUGAAGCAAAGCAACAGGCCGACUUCUAUGCUCUCAUGUUCUUCGUGUUGGCUCUGGGCAAUCUCGUAGGAUACUUCUGCGUCGGCCUUGCCACAAACGCGAUAGGACAGGCGCUCACUCACCACUAUCGUCGAGAGAUGGUUGAGCGCAUCAUUCGUUUCGAUCAAGACUUUUUCGACGAUCCGGACAACUCUUCUGGUGCUCUGACUGCGAAACUCUCCUCAGCCCCUUCCGCAGUACAGGAGCUGAUGUCUGCCAACGUUGGACUUAUGGUCAAUGUGGUAGUCAACAUAUUGGCCUGUAGCUUGCUGGCAAUAGCGUUCGGAUGGAAAUUGGGACUAACCCUGGUCUGUGCCGGUCUUUCACUCAUCGUCGUGGGUGGCUACAUCAGGAUACGGCUCGAUCAAAAGCUGGAAAUAUCGACUGAAAAACAGUUUUCGAGCAGUGCAAGCUUGGCCGCUGAGACGGUAGCUUCUAUCAAAACUAUCAGUUCGCUGACGCUCGAGAGCUCUGUUCUGCAGGCAUACAAUUCAAGUUUGGACAACAUCGUCGCCAAAGUGAUUCGGAGUGCAAUGAUUACAAUCAUUCCCUAUUCUUUGUCCCAAUCGAUUGACUUUCUGGUCAUUGGAUUUGGCUUCUGGUACGGUUCUCGAUUGAUCGCCGCAGGAGAAUACACAGUGACUCAGUUCUUUGUUAUUUUUAUUGCAGUGGUGUUUGGUGGCCAAAAUGCAGCCCAGUUCUUUUCGUACACAACCUCAAUCACCAAGGCAACAGGAAGUGCGAACUAUAUCUUCUGGUUGAGGACAGUCAGAUCGACGAUUCGCGAAAGUGACGACAAUCGGGACGUCGGACCUUCCACAAAUGAUGCGCUCAUCACAUUCCAGAAUGUUGAAUUUCAGUAUCAGCGUCGAAGCACCGCAAGGGUAUUGCGAAACGUCUCAAUUAAGAUCGAGCCAGGAACAUAUGCUGCAUUCGUAGGACCAUCUGGCUGUGGCAAAAGUACUAUAAUUUCACUGUUGGAACGUUUCUAUGACCCAACAUCUGGCCGCAUCACAUUGAACGAGGACGACAUCUCGCUCAUGUCUCCAAAUCUCUACCGUCGCUACAUGUCUCUCGUGCAGCAAGAACCUCCAUUGUACAUGGGAUCGGUCCGCGAUAACAUAGCGAUUGGCCUAGAUUAUGAACCUUCCAACGAGGAGAUACAAGAAGCUUGUCAACAAGCUCAUGUGACGGAUUUUGUAUCGUCGCUACCGGAAGGUCUGAACACACCUUGUGGAUCGAAAGGCUUGCAAUUCUCAGGUGGCCAAAGGCAGCGAAUAGCGAUCGCGAGAGCACUUAUUCGCAAACCAAAACUGCUAUUGCUUGAUGAGGCAACUUCUGCUUUGGACACCCAAAGUGAGCGAGCAGUACAAAAUGCUCUUGACGCAGCGGCUUCAACUAGAACAACCAUUGCUGUGGCUCAUCGACUCAGCACGAUUCGUCAUGCGGACGUGAUUUUUGUGAUAGAGGAUGGCAAGAUCGCAGAGACCGGCACCCACGAAGAGCUGCAACAGCUCAAGGGCAGGUACUAUGCCAUGUGUAUGGCGCAAACUUUGGACCAGGCCUGA